GCAAGCAAGACAGUCGAUUUGCUUUGCGCCUUAAAAGCCAUGGGCCACAUACUAUCUGUGGACAUUUGUCUUUGCUGGUCCCCCCGAAAUGGACAUACUACGAUGGCUUCAUCAAUCCCUGUAACAAAGCAGAGAGGCACACCAGGACACUGGAGCCCGAAGCCGCCGCACCUUGUGCUGCACUUCGAUGUGAACAAAACCAUCGUUAUGGUGGACACAAUCCAAAGAAUUCCGACUUCUGAUGUUCUCAAUGGAAUCCUGGCGGAAUGUGCUUGGGGCCGCGCCAAGCCGAAUGGCCAUGGCCCUGUGGAAAAAGGUUGGGAGCUGGUGGAAAAGCACCCGAGCUCCGUAAGGCCAGAUCAGUCAGAAGAUUUGGUGAGUUACUUGGAGUACUUGGAGCAGUGCCUCCCAGGAAAAGCGAAGGACAUGAAGAAGAAGCGUGAGCAGGUGUGGAAGAAAUUCACAGAGCCUGGAGAACCUGGAGAGUCCUUGCGGCCCUAUUAUGAAUCCAUGGAAAUGCAGCUGCUGGCAGAGGGUCGCAUGGUGGGUACUGGCAUGGUGAUUGCCGCAUUCUUCGAGCUUGUCGCCGAGCUCAUCAAGAACGGCCGCAGCUUUUCCAUCGUCUUCCGAACGUUCGGCUCGGACCUACCUGCAGUUCAAGCAGAGUUCAACGCGUUCUGUGCUGGGCAGCAUCCCAGAUAUCCAGAUAUGCGCUUGGACGGCUCUGCUCAAGGCAAGCCAGACUUGCGCUUAGUCGCGGAGAACACAGGGUCGUGGUACCGCGCGGCAGAUGACUUGAGCAUCGUGUGGGGCACCACAACUCUAGAAGAGGACUUGCAUGCGGCGGGAGGAGUGUUUGAUGACUUCUUGAAGCUGCCAGCAAAUCAGAGCUUGAAGUUCAGCAGGGGAUGGGAUGCUGUUCUUCAGGACCUUCACAUAAAGACAAGCCAGCCAUCCGUCUUGGCCUUGCGGGACUACUUUCCGUAUUGGCAGAAAGGUGGGCAACAUGGACCCUAUGGCAAGUUGCUGCCGGUGAAUCCCACAGACCACCGAUGUCACGCGGUCUUCUUCGAUGACAACGUUACGCUGGAUACUGAGGACACAAAGAUUGUUGAUGUUCGAGACACGACCGGCAAAGCAUUGUGGCCAGUUUAUGCCCAGCGAUACUACAUCUCCAGGGCAGAGCCCCUUCUGGCUGUAUCCGAUGACCAGUACUACAUAAGAAGAGUGGAAGAGAAAGAGCAGAACUUUGAGCGGAAGCGGUUGGCACGGCGGCGUUUGAAGGCAGCCACCCUGACGGUAUCAAAGAUGCUGCGGGUGGAGGCAGAGGCUGGAAAACUGGACUUGCACAAGACCCAGGCCACCACCUAUGACUCCUGGAAGCAAACGCGUGCAAGCAUAUCUAGCAUACACUUUUCAUCUUCGACGGCCGUCGCUGAAGAAGAUGAACAUAAUCCCAAGACUUCAAGAGUUGAUUAAUGCAAACAAUGAUCUUAAGUACAUAUU